CACGAGACACGAGCACACAGUCAAACCGUACGCUAAACGGGCACGUUAGCACCGUAGCCGGAUACAUACGCCGUCUAUCUUUCUCUCUCUGUGUUUCGAAUCUAAUUGAGUUUCCAACAUCACCGCUCUCUCUCUUCAAUUACUGGGUUUUGUGUGAUUCUUGAGGAGAGAGAAAGUAUAGAGAGAGGAACUUGUAUUCAUGGCUUUGAAUCGGGAGGACUUGCCGGAAGGGACGGUACAGAACGUACUGGACCAAGAGAGUCUCAAGUGGGUCUUCGUUGGAGGCAAAGGCGGCGUGGGCAAGACCACUUGUAGCUCCAUCAUCUCCAUCCUUCUCUCUAGGGUUCGAUCCACUGUUCUCAUCAUCUCCACCGAUCCAGCUCACAAUCUCAGUGAUGCGUUCCAACAGCGGUUCACCAAAACCCCAACUUUGGUCAAUGGGUUCACCAAUUUGUACGCCAUGGAGGUGGAUCCCAAUGUGGAGAACGAAGAUAUGAAUGGUGGAGAUGGAAUGGAUGGUUUUUUUUCUGAUCUAGCGAAUUCAAUUCCUGGAAUUGAUGAGGCUAUGAGCUUUGCAGAGAUGCUGAAAUUGGUCCAAACAAUGGACUAUUCCGUCAUAGUUUUUGAUACGGCUCCUACUGGCCACACUCUCCGGUUAUUGCAAUUUCCAUCAACAUUGGAGAAAGGACUCGGUAAAAUGAUGACCUUGAAGAAUAAAUUUGGUGGCGUGUUGAGUCAGAUGACUCGUCUCUUCGGUGUCGGUGAUGAAUUUGGUGAGGAUGCAAUCCUUGGAAGGCUUGAGGGCAUGAAAGAUAUGAUUGAACAAGUUAACAAGCAGUUCAAGGAUCCAGACUUGACGACCUUUGUCUGUGUUUGCAUUCCGGAGUUCCUCUCUCUCUAUGAAACAGAGAGACUCGUGCAGGAGUUGACAAAGUUUGAGAUAGACACACACAAUAUCAUUAUUAACCAAGUACUUUUUGAUGAAGAAGGUACUGAGUCUAAGUUGCUUAAAGCUAGAAUGAAGAUGCAACAAAAAUACCUUGAUCAGUUUUACAUGUUGUACGAUGACUUUCACAUCACUAAGUUGCCAUUGCUGCCAGAGGAGGUUACCGGGGUGGAAGCGUUGAAAUCAUUUUCACAUAAUUUUCUAUCAAAAUAUCAACCUCCAACCGGUAAAGGCACAGUGGAAGAACUGGAGCAGAGAGUAUCAACACUAAGGAAACAGUUACAAGACGCCGAAACCGAGCUAGAAAGACUCAGAAAAGGAAAACAAAAGGUCUGAUAGAAAUGAAAGAAAAUGCCCUGCUCGUCACUCUGGUUCUCUCUCUUUUUGUUUUUACAUAUGCCUUAUAUUUUAUUAAAUUUUUAUGUACACAAACGGAUGACAUGUUGUUUCCACCCUGCAAAAGAGAAGCCAAUUAUUCAUUUCUCGCUCCAUUAAUGUUUGGAGAACCAUAAUCUAGUUCAUAAAGUUUUUUGUGCCUUUAAGAUGAUGACAAAUGGGCGAUUUGCUAUUAUCAUGUGUGUUUAUAGAUACUGAUGUCAACUUUCUAAUCUAUGUGGACUAGUGAGAUCUUGCAA